GAAGGGCCUCGAGUGAGUCGACAAAAACAGCUGCCCAGUGUAGCCAAGAAAACACAAGCAAGAGGAAUAGAAGAGGAGAGAAAAGGAGAGGGGGACCAGCAAGGUCCACAGCACUUCUUUUUUUUUUUAUUACAUUUUUUUUUUUACUUUUUUUUUUUUAUAUUUGUAGAAUAGCAAUAUAAUCUUGAGCAUAUAAAAAGUGCAACAUAUUUAAAUUAGAGCAGUGUUAUAUGGGUUGCACCCUGUGUACGGAUUGCUGCGGGGACGAGCCGGAGCCAGAGGUGCUCAGUGGGACUCUAAACAGGGAGGGGACACGCAACAGGAUCAACAUGAGACUCACCAAGGCAGGGAAGGGCGAGCCCCAUGAGUUUAAGGAAAAAAAGUUUAAGAAGAAGCGCCAAUGUGGGGUGUGCAAGCAAAACAUAGAAAGUGUGGGAUCCUUCUGCCGAGUCUGUAAAACAGCCACUCACAGGAAAUGUGAAAAUAAGGCCAGCACACCAUGUAUCCCGGUCCCAUCCUCUGAUUUGCAACGGAGAGGAACAGCCUCCUCUCGACACAUUCAACAUUUGGGCUCAACCAAAUCUCUGACAUACACCAAACCAAGAAAUACUCUACCCAGAAGUCUAAGCGUGGAUCGGGUGAUGGACAGGGUGAUGGAGCGCCACUACGACUUCGACCUCACCUACAUCACUGAGCGCAUCAUCUCUGUCUUCUUUCCCCCUCUGCUGGAUGAGCAGCGUUAUCGCCUUAAUCUCAAAGAGGUGGCAGCUAUGCUCAAGUCCAAACACCAGGACAAGUUUUUGUUACUAAACCUGUCUGAGAAAAGGCAUGACAUCACACGGCUUAACCCCAAGGUCCAUGAUUUUGGCUGGCCAGACCUCCAUGCACCCCCACUGGACAAAAUCUGUUCCAUGUGCAAAGCCAUGGAGACAUGGCUGAACUCUGACCCCCAGCAUGUGGUGGUCCUGCAUUGCAAGGGCAAUAAAGGAAAGACGGGCGUCAUCAUCGCUGCCUACAUGCACUACAGCAAGAUAUCUGCAGGGGCGGAUCAGGCUCUCAGCACACUGGCUAUGAGGAAAUUCUGUGAGGACAAAGUGUCUUCUUCUCUCCAGCCCUCACAGAACAGGUAUAUAUAUUAUUUCGGUGGACUUCUGUCAGGGGCCAUAAAGAUGAACAGCAGCCCGCUUUUCCUCCACCAGGUCCUUAUUCCCACCAUCCCAAAGUUUCAUGCUGAUGGAGGGUAUUUGCCCUUCCUGAAGAUCUAUCAGUCCAUGCAGCUGGUCUACACAUCAGGCAUAUAUGAUUUGCAGGGUUCAACAGGCAGGAAGCUGUGUGUGACCAUUGAGCCUGCGCUGUUGCUAAAAGGAGACAUUAUGGUGAAGUGCUAUCAUAGACGACUUCAGGCCACUGAGAGGGACACGGUUUUCCGACUCCAGUUUCACACGUGUACCAUCCAUGGAGCACAACUUUGGUUUGGGAAAGAAGAACUUGACGAGGCUUGCUCAGAUGACCGAUUUCCACCUGAUGCCACUGUGGAGUUUGUCUUUUCUUCUGGACCGGAGAAAAUUAAAGGACGAGAAUACCAGCGGAAUGACCCAGCAGUCACAGUUGACUAUAAUACAGCUGAUCAAGUGGUGCGCUGGGAUUCUUACGACAACUUGAACCUGAGACAUGAAGACAGUCAAGACGCUUUAGAUAUUGCACACACCAGAGGGCCUCUGGACGGCAGUUUGUAUGCACAGGUGAAAAAGCGACGUGCAGCUUGUGCUUCCUCCUUUCCAUCCACAAAUGGCAGUCCAGGGCAAAUCACUGAUGAGAGACAAGGUCGUCUCCUGUCACUCAGCACCGACUCCAGGCAGUCAUCAGUGCCACCAGAACGUCUUGAAGAUUCUCCCCGACGGCCUCCACCUACUCAGCAAGAACGGGAGGAACUGAAUCGGCUUCUUGGAGGGAUUGAGGGUGAGAGGUCUAUCAGAGAUCGUGAACGGGAGACAGCAAUUUUGGAUGAUGGUGACUCACUCCCUCCAGAAUCUACCAGGUCGCUCCGUUUGGCUCGUUCAUGUUCCUGCCGCACGGGCUACAAAUCACAGCGUUGCUCUGAACUUCAUCACUUGGCCAAUGGGUACUGCUUGGACCACUCAACUCCCAGCAACAACCACACAGGAGUAUCUUCGCCAAACAUGCUAGGGCUGUGCCAGCACCUCGGUGGUCACGCGCACCAGUCGCUCCCACCUCCAGACCUGCUGUGGGACCGACAGCAAGGCUCUCAACACUACCUGCAUGGUCCUUCUAGGCAUGUUUGCCCUUAUCCAUCCCAGGAUCUCUGCCCUCACCCUCACACACUUUCCCCUAGUGGACGACUGCUGUGCAGAUCAGAUGAAUUCCUUCCCUACACCCAGCCUCAACACAACCACCCACACCACCCAAAAGCAACCGGACCCUACCAUGACGUGAUGCUUGUAGACGGUCUCCUACCACCCCCUAGCUGUCAAUGCCGUGAUUGCUGCUUGAGACGAGAGGAUUUUCAUGCUUUACGUCUUGACAGAGGUGAAGGAUUGCACUGGGAAAGGGACGAAGUCUCUCGUGAAAGUGGCUUAAGGCGAGGCAGAGGAUCCGAGGUUCCAAGACGGACAGAACUGCACUGGGAUCGAGAGGCAGGGCUACGACAGGGUCGAGAGGUCUCUCUCCAUUGGGACAGGGACAGAGAGACAGAGCUGCAAUGGGAGAGAGAACGAGAAGCCGAAUAUUGGCACAGAAGAACUGCUUUGUCACCAUAUGUCCCCCCAGGGCACGAUCCUGCUUUUACCUUUGACCCACUACCGCAGGGUCACCCAGCUUUUCCUGAACCCUCAAGAUCACACAGUCAUGCCCCCCUGGAUAUAAAGUAUAGCAGUGGCUCAAGCAGCUACCAGACAUCUCACCAGAUGUGCCCCUGCUCACCUUACCAGCCCUCACCUUCUGAGAGCCGUGGUUACGCUUCAGGUUACCAAUCAGACUCCACGUCUCCACUGCCUUCCAGCUACUCCUCUUGCUACAUCCAUACAGACCACCAGCAGCAGCACUACCCCUCUAACACACAUUCAGAUGGUUCUGGAGUUCCAGGUGAGAAUGUAGGAUGGCGGGAUCAUAUUACCCAUGGUUCUUUGAGACGGCUACAUCGUGAAGCACAUGGGCCAUGCUCAACCCCCUCUGACAUGUCUGGACCACCCACUCCAGUCCACACCAGCAGCCCACUGCAUACACAAGAGAGCCCCAGUCUGAGUGUUCAGGAUCAGGAAGCACGAUCAUCAGAGAUAAGCACUGACUCCACAGCACACCAGGAGAAAAGGAAUCCAUCUCUCCAACAAAAUCUCACAAUCUCUGGGCCAGAGCCUUAUCAAGUUGGAAUUCCAUCGACAGAGCCUUCUAAGUCAUGCACAUCCAUUCCAGAGAAACACUGCAUCCUUCCUCAGCAGCCCUCUACACAUUCCCCUUCUCCACAGCAACUCCCACUACAUUCUUCCUUUUCUCCCCAGCAGAUCUCCCCACAUUCCUCAUCUCCUCAGCAGCUCUCUCCACAAUUCUCAUCUCCUCAGCAGCUCUCUUCACAUUUCUCAUCUCCUCAGCAUCUCUCUACAUUUUAUUUCUUCUCAGCAGCUCUCUCCACAUUUCUCAUCUCCUCAGCAGCUCUCCACAUUUCUCAUCUCCUCAGCAGCUCUCCCACAAUCCUCCUCCUCCUAAUCAAAACUCCACACACUGCUCACCUUCUCAACAAAGCACCUCACACUGCUCACCUUCUCAACAAAGCACCGCACACUGCCCACCUCCACAACAAAACACCGCACACUGCCCACCUCCACAACAAAACACCGCACACUGUCCACCUCCACAACAAGACACCGCACACUGCCCACCUCCACAACAAAACACCGCACACUGCCCACCUCCACAACAAAACACACACUGCCCACCUCCACAACAAGACACCGCACACUGCCCACCUCCACAACAAAACACCACACUGCCCACCUCCACAACAAAACACCGCACACUGCCCACCUCCACAACAAAACACUGCACACUGCUCACCCCCCCAACAAAGUACCGCACACUGCUCACCUCCACAACAAAGUACCGCACACUGCUCACCUCCCCAACAAAGUACAGCACAAUACCAAACUCCUCAACAGAGUACCGCACAUUGCUCACCUCCUAAUCAGAGCUCCACACAAUGCUCUCCUUCUCAGCAGAACACUACACAUUCCACCCCUGUAAUACACACAGCAAACACUAACCCACAAGACCCGGUGCCAUCUACCCAUUCUGCCCCAGCAUCUCCUUCUAAGGAAAAUGAACAGCAGAGCAUCAGCCAGCCAAUCAAGGAUGCCAGUCUGACCCCUUUAUCUCCUCAACCAAUCCAAAAUGAAACAGUUGCAUCCUCUGUUUCUCCUCAUUCUUUGCAGCACAUUAAUCAAAUCCAGAUACCAGAGUCAAUUUUAGCUCACAGCAAUGGAGUGCCUUCAGGUUCUGAUUCAGAGACUCCCAAUUUAUCUCCUUCUGCUCCUGUUUCACCUCAGCCAUUGGGAAGCCUGAAUGGCUCUUGCUCACCUGAACCCCCUGUGCCAGGCUUUGCCACUUUGGGUAGGAAGCUGAUGUUGGGCACAGGAUCCACCCCAUCUGGAGAACCAGAUAUGACCUGCAGUGCCUCUGAUGCUUACUCAACUUCCACUUAUUCACCUUCUGACAGCACUGCCAGCCAGCCUCCUUUGCCAGAGAAAAGGCGACAGGGAACUCUGCCAGGAUCACCCAAUGGGAGGUCAGGCACCUUAAAGGCAUCCACAAGUCAUUCCCCUUCUGGCCAACACCAUGUUACCUUCUCACCAAUGGUUGCAGCAGUGACAGUACCUGGUGGGCAAAGUGAUGGGCUGGCAGAGGGUGAAACAGGCAGCAGAGUCAGCGUGAAGUUCGUGCAGGACAGCUCCCGUUUCUGGUAUAAGCCUGGAAUCUCCAGAGAACAAGCCAUUGCAGCACUAAAGGAAAAGGAGCCAGGUGCAUUCCUCAUCAGGGACAGUAACUCCUUCCAUGGGGCUUAUGGUUUGGCCCUCAAAGUGGCCUCACCACCUGCUAACCUCAGCAAUCAUUCCAGUAAAGUUGGAGAUCCGAUGGAACAACUGGUGAGGCAUUUCCUAAUCGAGACCGGACCACGAGGGGUGAAAAUCAAAGGCUGUCAAAAUGAACCCCACUUUGGGAGUCUAUCAGCGUUGGUGUAUCAGCAUUCCAUUACGCCCAUCUCUCUGCCCAGUGCUCUCCGCAUCCCUGACAAUGAUCCCAUAACAGAGAACCUGGAAGUGCAGCCCGUCAGCAACAUGAGCACAGCAGCAGACUUACUGAAACAAGGAGCAGCAUGUAACGUGCUGUAUUUGAACUCGGUGGAGACCGAGUCUCUGACAGGACCGCAGGCAGUCGCUAAAGCGACAGGCGUGAUGAUGUCACUAAGCCCUCGGCCCCUGGCCACCGUAGUGCACUUCAAAGUGUCGACUCAAGGCAUCACCCUGACAGACAGUCAGCGCCGGGUGUUCUUCAGGAGGCACUACCCCAUUAACAGCGUGACUUUUAGCAGCAUAGAUCCACAGGACAGGAGGUGGACUAACUCAGACAGCACAACAUCUAAAGUGUUUGGGUUUGUAGCUAAGAAGACUGGCAGCGCGGUAGAGAACGUGUGUCACCUGUUUGCAGAGCUCGACCCUGAGCAGCCUGCCACUGCUAUCGUCAACUUUAUCAACAAAGUCAUGCUGGGGCCACAGCAGCGCUAGAGGAAGAGCGAGAGAGAAGAUCAUCAUCAUCAUCAUCAUCAGUCCAUCACUGAGUCGAAGAGGCUCAUUGUAAUAAAGUGUAAGAGAUACCAAAGCACUGCAAACUAGUGUAGAUAAAAAGCGACCAGACCAAAUCGGUGAAAAACAGUGAUGAUGUCAUAGUAAAGUACUGAGGGUUUAAUAAUACACUAUUAGCGAACACAAUGGUUGAGGUAGGAAUAUAUUGAGCACUGUCGAUUUAUACCGUAUGAAAAGUAUUUUUAAUAAAGACAAUAAUGCACUCAAAUACCAAAUAUCUCCACAGCCGACUAUCAGCAGUCUUAUUAUUUUUAUGUAUUUCAGUAAUCAGCUUUAAGUAGUUACACAGAUUGGCUGCUACGGUGUUCUGUUCUGGGACACGGUAAACGAGAGCGCAGCAGAACGUCUUAGAGAGUCCGAGUUAUCUCGGGAAGGUUGGUGUAAGGACGAGACGUGGUGAAGAGACAGGCGUGUGAGGAGCAGGCAGACGGUGGUGGGAUCAGGUAGGAAACGAGUUUCACAUUAGUGUGAAUAGGUUCAUCAGGAGGCAAAACGUCGUGGUCAUUUUUAUUUAGAAGUAAAGAAUGAAGUCAGGAAAGAAUAGAUCACAAUAAACUUCAGCUUCCGCUUCAGUACUCAACAUGGGCCCACAAACUCACCCUGUCGAGAAAGAUGACCAGCGUAAGGUUUAUUUUUUCUUCCUUUCUCAUAUUCUUUCCUAAAUAUUUUUAUUUUUAAAUUUAUAUUAAUGUAUUUCCAUUUCAUGUCAUAAACAUGUUCAUGUAAACCAAAAGAGGUUUAAAGUUUUUACUUACUAAAAAAAAAAGCUUUGCUGAGCGCUCGUAUUUAUAAGCUUUUAUUCCCGUCAUGUUCAAAUUACGUUUGCAUGUAUUAGAGUUAUUGUGGCUUUCUGAAAGAUGAGACAUGAGCGACAGCUUUAAUAUAUUCUAAUGUUUUCUUGUUGAUCUGUGUAUGUAGUAAUAUAUUCACUUAGAUGCAACUUGGAAAGUGAUUAAAAAACAAAAUACUUAACGGAAGGACACUUUUAUAUGAAAUGGAUUUAUAAAGUGCUAUUUUUUCAAUAUAAGCAUAAAUGGAUAUAAUAAAUGUAAAGCCGUGGUACCAAG